CUGCCUCCCAAAGACCCGCAUUCCGACGAACCGCACGAAACCCUCCAGCCGUUGUCACCAACUUAGAGGUCGAUCCUUUCAAGUAUGCCAUGAAAUUCAGCGAUGCGCGUCUUGACCACAAUUAAUUCGGGUCCUCUUUGCGACAAGGACGAUGCCGCCAAUAGUAUGCAAGUUCUGGCAGCAAGGCACAUGCAGGAAUGGAAACAACUGCAGAUUUGAACACCCUGGAGCUUCUUCAUCUCGAGAUCUUCCCAGUACCAACCGUUUUGCGCCUCUUCAAAAUUCAGACAACUCAAGGAACAACAAUGGCUACAGAGGUGGAUCCUCAAUGGCUGUAGCGCCUCCCUAUGGCCUCGAUAAACCGUCCAUAGUCUCAGAUCUUUCCGCAGAGAGGCCACAAUGGAUCUUGUCAGCGUAUGGACCUGGGCGAGGAGCGCCGGCACAAUUGUUUGGAGGGCCGCAACGGGAGCAGAGCUUUGAAGAGCUACGGCUGCUACACUACAUGGGAGUUGCGAGUGGAAAUCCUCAACCUGCUGUGCAAGAGGCGGACAAGAUAUACCAAGCUGCGGAGCAACAGGUGCAGACAGCACUUAACGAUGUGGAUGGAGCUAUCAACUACAUAAUCAAAGCUGAGAAUGAGCAUCCAAAUCGGACAGAUAUCUGCAGGGAGAGUCAGGCUGCCAGCGCGGGGUCACAACGAGGCGUUUUCCAACGCACGCAGGAAUAUCCUAUCAGUACAUCAAGUCAGCCAGCUGCAGCGCCGGCCUUUGGAGCACGAUCUCAGGCAGGCGCUUUUGGCCAAGCGCCAGGAGGGGCAUUUGGUCAGCCUCCAGCUUUAGGACAAAAGCCGAGCCCAUUUGGAGCACCCUCUGGACCAUUUGGGCAGCCUUCUGGAGGGGGUUUUGGUCAGGCUUCAGCUUUGGGGCAGAAGCCGAAUCCGUUUGGGGCGCCAACAGCAUUUGGAGCUCCAACAGGGCUUGGAGGAGGCGGAGCAUUUGGCCAGCCUUCAGCAUUGGGACAGAAACCGAAUCCGUUUGGAGCACCGUCAGGAGCGUUUGGGCAGCCUUCAGGAGGAGCUUUCGGACAACCUUCAGCUUUAGGACAAAAGCCGAAUCCGUUUGGAGGACAACCAGCAGCACCCGUUCCUUUUGGAGGCAACUUACAGCCUCAAGCGAACCCGUUUGGAGCACCAUCUACUCAAAAUCCAAAUCCACUUGGGCCUCAGAACCCAUCUACUCAGCCAAACCCGUUUGGAAAUACACCCGGUCCAUUUGGAGCUCCAUCUCCAGCACCGAAGAAUCCCUUCGGAGGACCUGCAACAACACAGCCAAGCCCCUGGGGAGCAGCACCGGCAGCUUCAAGUCCCUUCGGCAAUCCACAAUUGACUGUACAACCAGCGCCGAACCCCUUUGGCAACCCACAGCUAGUUUCUCAACCAGCCGCGAAUCCAUUCGGCAACCCGACUCCAAGUGCACCUACACAACCGAACGCUAACCCGUUCGGCGGUCCUCCCCCAGCUCAACAUCAAUCACAACCCUUCACCAAUGGCUCCACAUCCCUCACCGACCACCCAUCGCUCUCGCAAUACAGCACCCGCGACGGCAACGGGCGUCUCCUCACCUGGAAAGACAAACGCGUAAUCUACAAGGACGGCGAGCCAGGGACUCAAAGUUCCGCCGGAACGUGGCAGAAGAUCUGGUUUCCGAACGGACCGCCGCCGCCUAAUAAAUGGGCUGAAGCAGAGCCAGAGCAGUACACGGAUGAGGUGAAGAAUGCUUAUGAGUACGCGAGGAGUAAUGGUGGGUUUGAAGGGGGUAUGAUCCCGUUGGUCCCGCCGAAGCAGGAGUGGUGUCAGUGGGAUUUCUAAUUUAGCAUGGAGGAGUUGGGGAGUGAGAGGAGAAAUGCAUUUACUGGCGUUGUCGGAAUCUAUGAUUGAGACGUGGAAUAGACGUAGUGAAAAUUAUACGGUUGAAGUCCCUUCUUCACUCGCAAGCCAUCUCAUUCUUUAUGACGUGUGUUUAUGAAUUGAAAUGAAUUGGCAUGAUUUUCAAAGGCUACAUUGUACCUUGGCAAUCUGGCAUAUUAAUCGUCUGACUCAUUGCUCAAGAACUAGAACCAUAAAACUUCUCCUUCAAACUCUCCACAACGUUGAUAUCCUUCUCCUUAAAUGUCAGCCCUCCACCCCAACUAAUCUCGCUAUUCUUGCCCCCCUGCGAUACUUUACCCUCCUUGACACCGGUCUC